AUGGAGGGAGCUACCGAGGAGAAGGGCGUUUGCUCUAAUGGUUGUGGUGUUGAUGGAACAGAGGCAUCCUGGCAAGCUUCCCAAGGAGACGAUGGACAAAAAUUUGAGGUUUUCUUAAGUUUUAGAGGACCCAACACCCGCAAGGGAUUCAUUUCCCAUCUUUAUGAUGCCUUGGUAACAAGCGGCAUCAAAACUUUCAUAGAUAACGUGAAUUUGGAGAAGGGUGAGAGGGUGAAUAACUUGUCUGGGUACAUAGAAAGGUCGAGGAUAUUUGUGCCCAUCAUCUCUGAGGAAAGGUUCUUUUCUGCCAGCGUUGAGAGGCACGAAAAUAAUGAGGAGCUAAAGAAAGAGGUGAGCGACUGGAAGAAUGCUUUGCGUGAGGUUGGAAAGACAUCGGGGUUCAACCUAAAUGAUGCAAAUGGGGACGAAGCAGAUCUUAAAAAUAUCAUUUUGAAAAGGAUUAUGCAGGAAGUGAACCCUAAAUACCGAUUCAUCUGCAACUAUCCUACAGAUCUUGAUUCUCGUGUAAAUGAGGUGAUCAAACGGUUGGAUGGAAAAGUUAGAAUGAUUGGUAUAUGUGGGAUGGGCGGCAUCGGGAAGACAACCCUUGCCAAAGCAGUCUACAACAGAUUAUUAAAGCAGCACAAUGUCCGCGAGAACUGCAGCUUCCUAGCAAAUGUCUGCGAAGUAUCAAAGGAGCGCAAUGGAAUUGUUGUCUUGCAGAAGCAGCUGCUUCGUGAUGUCUUUGGAAGAGAAGUGAUAAUAAACGACAAGGACGACGGCAUCACCAAGAUCAGAAAAGAAUUUCAAAACAUGAAAGUGCUUGUAGUUCUCGAUGAUGUUGAUCAUAAAGACCAGCUCGAUGCACUGGUCGGCAGCCAGUCAGGUGGGUUCAGUGGUGAAAGCAUAACGAUUGUCACUUCUAGAGAUGAAAGCAUCUUUAAGGGACGACAGAAGGUCAUAUAUAGGGUUUCGGAAUUGGAUUUUGACCAAUCGCUUAAACUUUUCAGUCAGCAUGCGUUUAAGCAACCCGAGCCAAAAUCAGAUUGGAAAGGUAAAUUGUCAAAGGAUGUUGUGUCAAUUGCUGGUGGGAUACCUCUGUGCCUCCAAGUAUUUGGGAGUCUCUUCUCUGACUUUGAAUCCAUUGAAGAAUGGGAGUCGAAUCUGGAGCAAUUAAAACAGGAUCAAAAUAAAGACGUCCAUGAGAGGUUAAAAAUAAGCUAUGACAGCCUUGAUAAGAAAAGACAACGCAUAUUCCUGGACAUAGCAUGUUUUCUUAUUGGUGGGGUGGAUUGGGAACAGAGGAAAGAGAAGAAAGAAUACGCAAUGCUCAUGUGGGAAGGUUCCAAACUUUGCCCAACUGUUGCAAUUGCAGAGUUACAGCAUAAAUUUCUAAUCAGCAUAAAUGAUGAGCACGACACAUUUGAAAUGCAUGAUCAAAUACGAGACAUGGGAAGAAAUAUUGUCCAAAAGCAGGAGCCAGUACCAAGCAGGUUUUGGGAUAAUAAGGAAACAUUACAAAUGCUACAAAGAAGAAAUGUAAGUAUGACCUUGCUACACGUUCUUCAUUUUCUCUUCUUUUGGUCUUUCUUUAUGACCAAUGCUCGUGGCUGGAAGUCGCAUCAGCAGUGCCAACUUGACAUGCUGGCGGACUCUGGCUACUAG